GAGCACCGAGCAAAACAACCGCCGCCAGAAGAAAGAGGGUGGGGGGAGAUGUCAAACGUCCGUAUUUCUAAUGGGAGCCCUACCCUGGAGCGCAUGGAAGCCAGGCAGUCGGAGUACCCGAAGCCGUCAGCUUGCAGGAACCUCUUCGGGCCGGUGAAUCACGAAGAGUUAAACAGGGACUUGAAGAAGCACCGCCAGGAGAUGGAGGAGGCAUGCCAGAGGAAGUGGAAUUUCGAUUUCCAGAAUCACAAGCCGCUGGAAGGCAGGUACGAGUGGCAAGCCGUGGAGAAGGGGAGCUCGCCCGACUUCUACUUCAGACCCCCCAGGCUACUGAAAGCUGUCUGCAAGUCCGCCGGCCGCCAGAGCUUGGAUGUAAACGGGAAUUGCCAAACCGUGGUUGUUGUCGGUUCUCAGGGAAUCUCAGAGGACACUCACUGUGUAGAUCAAAAGACUGAUGUUUCUGAAAACCAGACGGACUUUGCAGAGCAGUGCACUGGGCAGAGGAAAAGACCUGCCGCCGAUGAUUCCUCUCCUCAAAAUAAAAGAGCCAACACAACAGAAGAAGAGGUUUCAGAAGACUCCCCCAGUGCCAGUUCAGUGGAGCAAACACCCAAGAAAUCAAGCCCGAGAAGACAUCAAACGUAAACCGUUUAG